GAGGGGGAGAAGAUUUCAGGCACUCCAAGCUGUCGCCGGGCUACAAUAACAUCGCUACUCCUCUAUCCGUCAGUGCAUCAACUUCACCAUGGGGAAGUUACUUGGGCUAUGCGCUGUGGUUCUGGCUUGUAUCACUAUUGGAUCUGCUCUUCAGUGUAUGCAGUGUUCAUUCAUGCUUUUCAAUAAAUACUGCAGCGCUUCAACGGUCACCUGUAAAAGCGGAGAAGUUUGUGCUGUCAUCCGGGGAGCUGCUGUUGGUCAGAAUCUCAUGAAGAGGAAGGACUGCGUCGCUCAGGAUAAAUGUGGCAAGAAUGAUACUGAGACCUACGUGGGCAUCAAAUAUGUCACCAGUUACAAAUGCUGCGACAGCGAUUUCUGCAAUUCAGGGGCCACCUCUGCUCACAUCUCUCUGCCUGUGCUUCUGGCCAUCGCAGGCGCCUGGCUCCUUCGCUUCCUCUAAUCCUCUUUCCAAGAAGGAGAGAAAACCAACUCUAGAAGGUGCCAAAGAUUAAGUCUGCUAUCCUUCUACUUUUUUUUUUACCUGAAAGUAACGUCCAUGGAGCUCCAGAGGAUUGUAGUUUUAUCCAAUCAAGCACUGUAUUAAAUAGACACUCUCGCCUUUUCUUUUUAUUCAAAAAUGCCUCUGUGACUUAAUGAAGGCAUAUCCUCUCUUUUAGAGCAUAUGAAUGAAGCUUUAGGAUUUGAAGCUGCCUUAAUCCUCCUCUUCCUCCUCCUCCUCCUCCUCCUCCUC